GACCCGCCAAGCAGAGCCGCCCUCUCUGGAGCGCUACGGCGCAUGCGCUAGGCCUGCGCUCCACCCACAUCUCGUGAGAGGCCAACCGUAGAGUCUCGCGAGGACGGUUCCGGGAUACCCGGGUGAAGCUGCGGAGAGCUGGUGUUCUCCGCGGCUAUUGACUCGGCGCCUCGCUUGUGUGUGUCUCGCCACAGGAGCCAUUUACUGAAGACAAUGUCUGGAAGCUUCUAUUUUGUCAUUGUCGGCCAUCAUGAUAAUCCAGUUUUCGAAAUGGAGUUUUUGCCAGCUGGAAAAGCAGAAUCCAAAGACGAUCAUCGUUACCUGAACCAGUUCAUAGCACAUGCUGCCCUCGACCUCGUAGGUGAGAACAUGUGGCUGUCUAGUAACAUGUACUUGAAAACAGUGGACAGAUUCAACGAGUGGUUUGUUUCAGCAUUUGUUACUGCAGGCCAUAUGAGAUUUAUCAUGCUUCAUGAAACACGGCAAGAUGGGAUAAAGAACUUCUUUACUGAUGUCUAUGAUUUGUAUAUAAAGUUUGCAAUGAAUCCAUUUUAUGAACCCAAUUCUCCUAUUCGAUCAAGUGCAUUUGACAGAAAAGUUCAAUUUCUUGGAAAGAAACACCUAUUAAGCUAAAGGCUGGAAAAGUCUGAAAUAAACAAUGUCACUUCAUACAAUGGAGUAUACUCAGGAAUGUGUACAUUGUAAGUAACUUGAUUAAAAUAGCCUGGGAAACUUA